AGAUACGUGAAGAAGCCGAGCAAACAAGCCCAGAAACUGCAGAAUAUUAGGCUGGCUUUCAGUCACCUGCAGUCCAACGGUGUCUCUCUACUGGGGAUUGAUCCCAACGAUAUUGAGCAAGGGGAUUUGGAUCAGGUUCUGGCGCUCCUGUGGGCUAUCAUUUGCCACUACCAUCUAAGACAGGGAGAUAACGAUGGGGAGCGACCCCUGCUUGAGUGGCUUCGCUCUGCAGUUCAGGAUCCUGAAAUCCCGGAUCUCGCCUCUUCAUGGAACAACGGAGUCAACCUGUCGGCUCUGGUAGACUACUGUCAGCCGGGCCUGAUUCCAGACCACGCCUCCCUGGAC